AUGCGUCUCCUCCCUCUGUUCUGUUGUGGUCUAGUCACGAUUCGCUUUGCGUAUAGCCAGUCUUGUACUGUCACAGCUCUGGGGUCUGGCAAAGACGAUUCUCCUCAGCUUUUGACUGCGAUGCAAUCUUGUAGCACCGUUAUCGUCCCAACUGGCACCACACUCAACAUCUCGACGCGCCUGAACAUGACUGGUUUAACUAACAAACAUCUGAACCUCCAAGGAACGAUGAAAUUCAAUCCAAAUAUUGCCUAUUGGACCGCGAAUGGGUUUCCCUUUACGUUCCAAACGCAAAUCACCUUCUGGAUCUUGGGCGGCACAAAUCUCGUUCUUGACGGUGGAGGAACGCUUGAUGGUGCUGGGCAAACUUGGUACGACCCUUUCGCAAAGAACUCGUCCCUCCUCCGUCCCAUUACCCUCACUAUCUUCCAAGCUACCAACGUCCUCGUUCAAAAUGUCAAGUUUUUGAAUAGCCCUGAAUGGUUCAAUCUUGUCAACGAGGGGAAGAACGUGACAUACAACAAUAUCACGAUGAAUGCUGCGUCGACAUCGUCCAACGCCGCGAAGAAUACCGAUGGCUGGGAUAUCUACCGCAGCGAUAAAGUCACCAUCACAAACUCCGUCAUCAAGUAUGCUCAUUUGUCGAACUUGAAGCUCAUUUCUCAUGAUCGAUUCAAAGUAACGGCGAUGACUGCGUUUCUUUCAAGGUUUGACACUAUUUUUUCGUCUGCUGCACUUGUUCUAAUUGCCUCCGUUAGCCUAACUCGACGAAUGUCUUCGUUUCCAAUCUCAACUGCACUGGCUCCCAUGGAAUCUCCGUUGGGCCAAUUUGCCGGCGUAUUCGACAUCGUCGAAAACGUCACUGCGACUAAUAUUCACUUGACAAAUGUGCAAAAUGGGGCCCGGAUCAAGUGCUGGGCGGGAUCUGGCGUAGGGUCGGGAAUUGUCAAGAACAUCACGUUCAGCAACUUCGUCCAGAGCAAAUCGGACCAUCCGUGCUAUGAGACAAGCUCUUCCGAUUGUACCGCUUUCCCAUCGAACACACUCAUUCAAGACGUGUUUUUUGACAAGUAUGUCCUGUUAUAUGCGGUGCCAGCGUUGCUCAAAUUGGGCCUUCCUAGCAUCACUGGAACAUCCACUGGCUCAACGGUCGCAAGCAUGGGCUGCUCGCCUGGAGCUCGUUGCAGUGACAUUAACGUCAACAACCUCGCUCUUACGUAG